AUGGUUUUAUGGACAAUAUGGGCGAGCCGCUUUUCGAAGCCAGUCAGCAGUGGUUUUGACGACGUUCCUGUCUAUGUCGGAGAGACUAACCGAACUUUCUGUGAGAAUCACAUGAUCCAAAGACAUUUCUGUGCAGAGGAAGUGGUACCAUGUGAGUCACUGACAGAGGAACAGUUCGAAGAACUCCGGAAACAGGUUUUCGAGCUAGCCACCCUACAGGUUCCUAAUACUCUUACCCCAGCUCAGCAGUAUGCUGCUCGGGAUGCCAUUCUCACUACGAAUCCAACUCUAAUAGACGUGCUCUUGAGUACU